GCAUCGGAACGGUCGGCGUUCCUCUCCUGCUUCUUCAUCUUCUUCUUCUUCUUUUUCUGACCUUGGUUUCCAAAGGUCAGGAUCAUGAACUGGCACAAAUAUAAAUCAUUGGCCUGGCUGAGAUGCUGAAGACCUGAUCAGCAAAAGCGGUAAAAAGGAAAAACUAGCAUGGCACCGCGUCCAAAUGGCGGUAAUGGUCGCAAAGGUGGAAAGCACAAGGUCUCGACUGUGACGGUGGAGACGAAACUUCACGUCGACGAGGCCGCCGGACACCUGAAGAAUGGGAAUUAUUCCAAGGCUCUGUACUCCUACAACCAGGCCCUAGAGCUCAGUCCCGGCGACAAGAACGCGCUGAUCGCUAGGAGUAAGUGUUACCUUCUGUUGGGAGAGCCGGAAAAAGCGCUGGAGGACGCAGAAGCAGCACUCCAAGAGAACUCGAGAGACCCGAGUAAUGCCAGGGCGAUGUACUACAAGGCCGAAGCACUCUACCACCUCGGUGACUUCGAACUUAGUCUAGUCUACUAUUACCGAGGGAUGAGGAUUCGUUCGGAGUUCGACGGGUUUCGUCUUGGUGUCCAGAAAGCCCAGGAGGCGAUCCAGAACAUAAUCGGAGAUAAAUCUCCCCCGAUUCCAGUCGCUCUGCUGACCAGCAAUAAGAGCCCUGAAGAUUCUCCACAGCCACCGGAAGAGCCGAAGCUUCCAAAAACUCAGCAUGCUCCAACGGUCGAGGCGAAGGAUCAACCCUCGAAGAAGCCAGCUCCUCGGCGUCAGAGAUCCGGCACGCCUUGCGGUCAGAAGAAUGGUACAGCUCAUCAGCGACUUCUGGGUCAGCUGGAGGUCGACAAAAAGUAUCUUCAGAACCUGCUGAAGCACCCAGGUAACGAUUCGGAUUUCACGCGUCCUGCCGACGUAACCGCGACGAUGGACGACGACGAGGUUGAGUCUCGGAUCGGUUAUGUCUUCGGCGUCUCGGGCCCGGUUGUAACCGCGAAGAAGAUGCUAGGGGCGGCGAUGUACGAAUUGGUGCGAGUCGGGUACUACAAGCUGAUCGGUGAGGUGAUCAGACUGGACGGCGAUGCGGUGACGAUUCAGGCCUACGAAGACACGAGCGGCCUAACGGUGGGUGACCCCGUCUUCAGAAUGCGGACCCCCUUGUGCGUGGAGCUGGGCCCCGGGAUCCUGGGCAGCAUCUUCGACGGGAUUCAGCGUCCCUUGAAGGACAUUCAUGAUCUGACGGGUUCAAUUUACAUCCCGAAGGGUGUGAGCGUACCCGCCCUGUCCAGGAACGUCUCCUGGGACUUCGUGCCGCUCAACAUCAGGCCGGGGAGUCACUUGACCGGUGGUGACCUCUUUGGCAUCGUCGACGAAAACACCCUCGUUAAGCACAAGAUGCUCCUCCACCCGAAGGCCAGAGGCACUCUGACGUACAUCGCGCCACCUGGUACGUAUGCCGUCGACGAGGUCAUCCUCGAGACCGAAUUCGACGGGCAGAUCACCGGCCACACGAUGAUCCAACUUUGGCCCGUCCGUACACCCCGGCCGUACACCGAAAAACUGAUCGCCAAUCAUCCUCUCCUAACUGGCCAACGCAUCCUCGACGCUCUCUUUCCCUGCGUUCAAGGCGGAACCACCGCCAUUCCAGGAGCGUUCGGAUGUGGGAAAACCGUCAUUUCGCAGUCACUAUCCAAGUAUUCAAACUCGGACGUUAUCGUCUACGUAGGAUGCGGCGAACGCGGGAACGAAAUGUCCGAGGUACUCCGUGACUUUCCCGAGCUCUCGGUAGAGGUUGAUGGAUCAACAGAGUCAAUAAUGAAGCGAACAACGCUGGUGGCAAAUACAUCUAACAUGCCGGUCGCAGCACGGGAAGCCUCGAUCUACACGGGAAUCACUCUUGCCGAGUACUUCCGGGACAUGGGAUACAACGUCUCCAUGAUGGCCGAUUCAACUUCGCGAUGGGCCGAAGCGCUCCGAGAGAUUUCCGGCCGGUUAGCCGAGAUGCCGGCGGACUCCGGAUAUCCGGCCUACCUAAGUGCACGACUGGCGAACUUCUAUGAGCGGGCGGGUCGCGUCCUUUGCAUCGGGAAUCCAGAGCGCGAAGGAUCCAUCAGCGUUGUCGGUGCUGUCUCGCCUCCGGGUGGCGACUUCUCGGACCCGGUGACGAGCGCAACUCUCGGGAUCGUCCAGGUGUUUUGGGGCCUGGAUAAGAAGCUGGCGCAGCGCAAGCACUUUCCCUCGGUAAACUGGCUCAUCUCGUACAGCAAGUACCGAACGGUCCUCGACGAUUUCUACGACAAAAACUUCCGCGAGUUCCCGCCGCUGCGGACAAAGGCUUGCUGGAUACUCCAGGAGGAGCAGGAGCUGAGCGAGAUAGUUCAGCUCGUAGGAAAGGCCUCACUGGCGGAGGGUGAUAAAGUCACCCUUGAGGUCGCGAAGAUCAUCAAGGACGACUUUCUUCAGCAGAACAGCUACUCUGUCUACGACAGGUUCUGUCCGUUCUACAAGACCGUCGGCAUGCUGAAGAACAUAAUCGGGUUCUAUGACUUGGCGAAGAGCGCCGUCGACGCGGUUGCCACCCCCGUGGAAAACAGGAUCACCUGGGACAUGAUCCGCGACGCGAUGCACGAUAUUCUCUACAGACUAACUUCGAUGAAGUUCGAAGAUCCCGGCAUCACCGGCGAAGAGAAUAUCUGCAUGGAGUUUGAUCGGCUGUACGAGGACAUGAUCCAGGCUUUCAGAAACUUGCAGGAUUAUUAAUCGGAUUCCCAGAAGCGCGGAGAUACUCCAUAACGACAUAAAGGCACCCCAUCAAGCUUCGGCGCAGCACAUAUCGGCCUACGCGGAGGAGGGUAUCGC